AUGGCGGAUGCUGCAGCUCGUCAGCUGCAAUACGAGUACAAAGCCAAUUCUAAUUUAGUUUUACAAGCCGAUGUUAGGCUCAUUGAGAGAAGAAGCCGAGAUGAGGCUACCGGAGAGGUGAUGUCUUUAGUUGGAAAACUAGAUGGGACACGAAUGGGUGAUCGUUUUCAGAGAAGCAAACCAGUAAAAGCAGAAGAAAGAAAAGCAAAGCGUCAAAAACGAGAUGAAGCGCAAUAUGAUUUUGCUAGAAUGAAGGGAGCUACCCUUUUAUCAGAAGGUGUUGACGAAAUGGUUGGUAUCAUAUACAGACCGAAAACUCAAGAAACGAGACAAACUUAUGAAGUUUUGUUGAGCUUCAUUCAAGAAGCUUUGGGUGAUCAGCCUCGAGAUAUACUUUGUGGAGCAGCAGAUGAAAUACUACAGGUACUUAAAAAUGACAGAUUAAAAGAAAGAGAAAAGAAAAAAGAGACAGAAUUGCUUCUUGGAAGCGUGGCUGAUGAAAGAUUUGCUUUAUUAGUAAAUCUCGGUAAAAAAAUAACCGAUUUUGGUUCAGAGGAAAAAACAAAAGAAAUUAUAGAUGAAGCAAAUAUUGAUGAAACAUAUGGUAUAAAUGUGCAAUUUGAAGAAUCAGAGGAAGAAAGCAAUGAAGAUGUAUUUGGUGAAGUAAGAGAAGACGAAGAUUUGGAAGAGGAAGGAGAAGAUUCCAAAGUAGAUUCAGCAAUAAGAGCUGAAAAUUUGGGCGUCACUGAGGAAAUGAAAAAAGAAAAAUCGUUACAUCCCUUGGAUAUAGAUGCUUAUUGGUUACAAAGAUGUUUAAGUAAAAUUUAUGAUGAUGCCAUGAUAUCUCAAGCCAAAGCAGCUGAAGUUCUUGCUGUUUUAAAGAAUGCUGGUGAUGAUAGGGAAACUGAAAAUCAGUUAGUUUUGUUACUUGGAUAUAAUUGCUUUGAUUUUAUAAAAUUACUCAAAAAACACAGGCACAUGAUUUCAUAUUGUACAUUGUUAGCUUCAUCCCAAAGUGAAUCUGAAAGGCAAAAGAUUCGAGACGAAAUGAACGAAAUCCCAGCUUUAGCUCGAAUUUUGCGUCAGUUAGAUACCGGUAAGGGAGAGGAUGAGGUUCAAGAAGAAAGUGGAAUUUCACGCACUACUAGACGUAAGGAGCAAACUGAUGAUGGAAAAGGGAAUAUUCAAGGAUCUCGACAAAUAGUUGAUUUAGAGGAACUAACAUUUUCCCAGGGUUCUCAUUUUAUGGCUAAUAAAAGAUGUCAACUUCCUGACGGGUCAUUUAGAAAGCAAAGAAAGGGUUAUGAAGAAGUGCAUGUUCCUGCCUUAAAACCAAAGCCAUUUGCUUCAGAAGAAUCGCUAGUACCAAUUGAAAAGUUGCCCAAAUACGUUCAACCUGCUUUUGAAGGGUUUAAAACCUUGAAUAGAAUUCAAAGCCGAUUGUAUAAAACUGCUUUGGAAUCUGAUGAAAACGUACUUUUAUGUGCUCCUACAGGGGCAGGUAAAACAAAUGUGGCUCUUUUAUGUAUGAUGAGAGAAAUUGGAAAACACAUUGAUCACGAGGGGAAUAUUAUGGGAGACGAAUUUAAAAUAAUUUACAUAGCACCCAUGAGAUCUUUGGUUCAAGAAAUGGUUGGAAACUUCAAUAAAAGAUUACAUUCCUAUAAUUUAGUGGUGUCAGAAUUGACAGGAGAUCACCAAUUGAACAGACAGCAAAUUCAAAGUACUCACAUUAUUGUUUGCACUCCUGAAAAAUGGGAUAUAAUAACUCGCAAAGGAGGAGAUAAAACGUUUACUCAAUUGGUUCGUCUAAUUAUAAUUGAUGAAAUUCAUCUGCUUCAUGAUGAAAGAGGUCCAGUUUUAGAAGCACUAGUUGCCAGAACUAUAAGAAAAAUAGAGGCCGCACAGGAAGAUGUUAGAUUAGUGGGAUUAUCUGCCACUUUGCCAAAUUAUCAAGAUGUAGCAACAUUUUUACGAGUCAAAACAGAAACUGGGCUUUUUUACUUUGACAAUAGUUUUCGUCCUGUAGCUCUUGAGCAGCAGUAUAUUGGAGUAACUGAAAAAAAAGCUUUAAAAAGAUUUCAAGUAAUGAAUGAAAUAGUUUACGAAAAAGUAAUGGAACAUGCCGGUAGAAAUCAAGUUUUGGUUUUUGUACAUUCAAGAAAAGAAACAGGGAAAACUGCUAGAGCUAUUAGAGAUAUGUGUUUAGAAAAAGACACUUUGGGUCAAUUUUUAAGAGAAGGUUCGGCUUCGAUGGAAGUUUUGAGAACGGAAGCGGAACAAGUGAAAAAUUCAGAAUUAAAAGAUUUAUUGCCGUAUGGGUUUGCUAUUCAUCAUGCAGGAAUGACUAGAGUCGAUAGAACUUUGGUAGAGGAUUUGUUUGCUGACAGACAUAUUCAAGUUCUCGUUUCAACAGCUACAUUGGCUUGGGGUGUAAAUUUACCGGCUCAUACUGUGAUUAUAAAAGGAACACAAGUUUACAAUCCUGAAAAAGGACGAUGGGUUGAACUUGGAGCGUUGGAUGUUUUGCAAAUGUUGGGUAGAGCAGGUCGUCCACAGUAUGAUACCAAAGGAGAAGGUAUAUUAAUUACAAAUCAUAGUGAACUUCAAUAUUACUUGUCACUUCUUAAUCAACAACUACCUAUUGAAUCACAAUUGGUGGGAAAAAUACCUGACAUGUUAAACGCAGAAAUUGUAUUAGGCACAAUCCAAACUGUCAGAGAUGCAGUAACAUGGCUAGGUUAUACCUAUCUUUACAUAAGGAUGUUGAGAUCUCCAACUUUGUAUGGAAUCUCUCAUGAUCAUUUAAAAGAAGAUCCACUGCUUGAAUCUUUCAGAGCAGAUUUAAUUCACACCGCUGCUCUUCAAUUAGAUCGAAGUGGUUUAAUUAAAUAUGAUAGAAAAACUGGACAUUUUCAAGUCACGGAACUCGGCCGAAUUUGUAGUCAUUACUAUUGUACUCACGAGACAAUGGCUGUGUAUAAUCAACUUUUGAAACCAACUUUAAGCGAAAUUGAAUUAUUCAGAGUUUUUUCUUUGUCUGGCGAAUUUAGAAACAUUAAUGUAAGAGAAGAAGAAAAACUAGAGCUUCAAAAACUCAUGGAAAGAGUACCGAUACCUAUAAAAGAAAAUAUUGAAGAGCCUAGUGCUAAAGUUAAUGUUUUACUUCAAGCAUAUAUUUCUCAGUUAAAGUUAGAGGGCUUUGCUUUAAUGUCCGAUAUGAUUUAUGUAACUCAAUCGGCUGCCAGACUUAUGCGAGCUAUAUUUGAAAUUGUAUUAUUUCGUGGUUGGGCUCAACUUGCUGAUAAAUGUUUGUCACUUUGCAAAAUGAUCGAUAGACGAAUGUGGCAAUCAAUGUCACCUCUUCGUCAAUUUCGAAAAAUGCCUGAAGAAAUUAUUAAAAAAAUUGAAAAGAAAAAUUUUCCCUGGGAAAGAUUGUACGACUUGGGUCCCAACGAAAUCGGAGAAUUGAUAAGAGUUCCGAAACUUGGUAAAACGGUUCAUAAAUAUGUUCAUCAAUUUCCUAAGUUAGAAUUAUCUACUCAUAUUCAGCCAAUCACUAGAUCUACCCUUAGAGUAGAACUUACCAUUACACCUGAUUUUCAGUGGGAUGAAAAACUCCAUGGCUCUUCUGAAGCUUUUUGGAUAUUAGUUGAAGACGUAGAUUCCGAAGUUAUUCUUCACCAUGAAUAUUUUCUUCUUAAAUCAAAAUUUGCGAGCGAUGAGCAUCUUGUAAAGUUUUUCGUUCCGGUAUUUGAACCCUUACCUCCUCAAUAUUUUCUGAGGAUUGUUUCCGAUCGCUGGAUCGGUGCAGAAACACAAUUGCCAGUUUCAUUCAGACAUUUGAUGUUGCCGGAAAAAAAUUUACCCUCGACAGAAUUAUUAGAUUUGCAGCCGUUACCAGUAACCGCUCUACGUAAUUCGUUGUAUGAGAGUAUAUAUUCAAAAAAGUUUCCACAAUUUAAUCCAAUACAAACUCAGGUAUUUAAUGCAGUUUAUAAUACGGAUGACAAUAUUUUCAUUGGAGCCCCAACAGGUUCGGGUAAAACAACGAUAGCUGAAUUCGCUGUUCUUCGGCUUUUAUCGCAAAAUCCCGAUGGACGAUGCGUUUAUUUAGUGGCAAAAGAUUCAUUAGCAGAACUCAUAUUUGCAGAAUGGCAGCAAAUUUUUAAUUGUAUUUUAAACGUUAAGGUUGUUUUAUUAACUGGAGAAACUAGCACAGAUUUAAAACUUUUGGCCAAAGGUCAAAUUAUCAUAACAACGGCAGAAAAAUGGGACGUUUUGUCUCGUAGAUGGAAACAAAGAAAAAAUGUUCAAAAUAUUCAAUUGUUUAUUGUUGAUGAACUUCAAUUAAUCGGAGGAGAAGAUGGACCAGUUUUAGAAGUCGUGUGCUCCAGAAUGAGAUACAUUUCAUCUCAAUUAGAGAAACAAAUAAGAAUUGUUGCCCUCUCGACUUCUUUGGCAGAUGCCCGUGACGUUUCUCAAUGGCUUGGCUGUAAUUCGAAUGCCACCUUUAAUUUUCAUCCAAGUGUGCGACCUGUACCCCUCGAAUUGCACGUUCAGGGAUUCAACAUUACUCACAACGCUUCGCGUUUAAUAGCCAUGUCAAAGCCAGUUUUUAACAACAUAAUGAAACAUAGUUCUCACAAACCGGUUAUUGUGUUUGUACCCACAAGAAAACAGGCCAGAAUUACAGCGAUUAGCCUUCUUACUUUUGCGGCAGCUGAAUCUCAGCCGAACAGAUUCUUUCACGCUGAAGAAGAAGAUAUUCAGCCCUUUUUAGAGAGAAUGUCUGAUAAGACUCUUAAAGAAACAUUGAUUCAAGGAGUGGCUUACAUACACGAAGGUUUGACUCCAAAUGAUCACAGACUUGUGGAACAACUUUUUGAUUCUGGUGCAGUACAAAUUGCAGUCGUUACCAGAAAUCUUUGUUGGGGACUGAACAUUCAAGCUCAUCUUGUUAUCAUUAUGGACACUCAAUUUUACAAUGGAAAAAUUCAUGCUUACGAAGAUUAUCCUGUCACCGACGUUUUACAAAUGAUUGGAAAAGCCAACAGACCCUUAGAGGACGAUGAUGCUAAAUGUGUGUUAAUGUGUCAGAGCUCUAAAAAAGAUUUUUUUAAAAAAUUCUUAAACGAGUCUUUACCUGUAGAGAGUCAUUUGGAUCACCGUUUACACGAUCAUUUCAAUGCUGAAAUAGUCACUAAAACAAUUGAAAACAAACAAGAUGCCGUUGAUUAUUUAACAUGGACAUUUUUAUAUCGACGUCUUACUCAAAAUCCAAAUUAUUACAAUUUACAAGGAGUCACUCAUCGUCAUCUGUCUGAUCAUUUAUCAGAAUUGGUUGAAACAACUCUUAACGAUUUAGAACAGUCAAAAUGUAUAAGUAUUGAAGACGAAAUGGAUUGCAUGCCGUUGAAUCUUGGAAUGAUAGCUGCUUAUUAUUACAUUAAUUAUACGACUAUUGAAUUGUUCAGCUUAUCAUUAAAUAGCAAAACGAAAAUUCGAGGUUUGUUGGAAAUAAUAUCUUCAGCAGCGGAAUAUGAAGAUAUACCCGUCAGACACAGGGAAGACACCAUUUUACGUACUUUGUCAAUGAAGUUACCGAAUAAAUUGAAUUCAAAUACCAAAUUUAAUGAUCCACAUGUGAAAACUAAUAUUUUGUUACAAGCUCACCUUUCAAGAAUACAACUUAGCCCAGACUUACAGAGAGACACGGAAAUAAUACUUGGAAAAGCUGUGAGGUUAAUACAAGCUUGUGUUGACGUUCUUAGUUCAAAUGGUUGGCUCGCUCCAGCAGUAGCAGCUAUGGAAUUGGCUCAAAUGGUUACUCAAGCCAUGUGGUCAAAAGAUUCUUAUUUAAAACAAUUACCUCAUUUCACAUCCGAAAUUAUAAAAAGAUGUUCGGAGAAAAAUGUUGAAACCGUUUUUGAUAUAAUGGAACUCGAGGACGAUGAUCGAAUAAAACUUCUUCAAUUGAGCGAUUCUCAAAUGGUGUUGUUAGAACGAGAAGAUGAUGUUUCUGGACCCGUAAUAGCACCCUUUUUCCCUCAAAAAAGAGAAGAAGGCUGGUGGGUGGUCAUUGGUGAUCCCAAAACUAAUUCAUUAUUAUCCAUAAAAAGAUUAACAUUACAACAAAAAGCAAAAGUAAAAUUAGAUUUUAUAGCUCCUAAUCCGGGUCAUCAUUCCUACACUUUGUAUUUUAUGAGUGAUGCUUAUUUGGGAUGUGAUCAAGAAUAUAAAUUUAGUAUAAAUGUUGGUGAAUUUGAAUCGUCAACAAAGGACAGUACAAGUAAACAUUACAAUGCUUUUAAACCAUGGAAAAAUUUUGACAACAAACUAUAA